UUUCAGUCGUAGCUUAAUAUUCGAGUCGAGCGUGUGCACCUUACGCAGUUAAAUAGCUUUGUCGUUUCAGGUAGCAACCUGUUGCGUUUUUUUUGUUUGUUUUGUUUUGUUUUGUUUUUUAAUAGUUGUAGCAGUUGUGGAAAGUGCAUUAACGAUAACAACGAUAAAACCGAGUUGAAACAUUAACUCACCUGCUGCAGCAGCCACACAGUUGAGCGUGUGAGUUGUGCGAGUGUCAAACAAAUUAGAAAUCUUUUGUUUAUUCAAUAAAUACGGCAAAAAAAGAGAAGAGAAACAAACAAAACGAGAAAAAGAAAUAAAGCAGCUGGCCGCUUGCCAAUCACAACAACUAAUUAACUGGUGUGUGUGAGUGAGAGAGAGAGAGAGAGAGAGAGAGAAAGAGGGAGGAGAAAAAGCAAAAAGCGCGCAACUUGCUCUCUGAGUUCUCGAUAUGGAUGCAGCUGGCAAUAGCAGCAACGCUGCAGCUGGUGGCGCCACCGAAGAUGAAACUAAAACGUUGCUGCACCAACAAAAUGCCAGCAUGGAAAAUGACUACGAUAACGACGACGACGUCGACGUCGACGAGCCGCAGGCAUUGCCAUUUUGCUUUGUUCGGGGCUCUGACCCACGAGCGGCUACCUGUCGCGGCAAGUUACAAAGUCGCCGCUGCAAACUGAAUCAGGAAAUCAACAAGGAGCUGCGCCUACGCGCUGGUGCCGAAAAUUUAUACAAGGCCACUACCAACCGGAAGCUGCGAGACACUGUUGCUUUGGAGCUGAGCUUUGUCAAUUCAAACUUGCAGUUGCUCAAGGAGCAGCUGGCCGAGCUGAACUCAUCUGUGGAGAUCUAUCAAAGCGAGAGUCAUGAAGGCAUUAUGCCCAUGAUACCAUUGGGUCUAAAGGAGACGAAGGAAAUCAAUUUUAUGGAACCGUUUUCGGACUUUAUAUUGGAACACUACAGCGAAGAGCCUUCGAUAUAUAUGGAUGCCAUCGCUGAUAUGACAGAUACCAGACAGGCUUCAAAGACGCCAUCACGUGAUGGUCUGGGUGUUGCGCUGCUUUUCCGUUACUACAAUCUAUUGUAUUAUGUGGAACGACGCUUCUUUCCGCCCGAUCGCAAUCUGGGCGUUUACUUCGAAUGGUACGAUUCGCUGACCGGUGUGCCCUCCUGCCAGCGCACCAUUGCCUUUGAGAAGGCCUGCACACUGUUCAAUCUGGGCGCCAUUUACACACAAAUCGGUGCACGUCACGACAGGCGCACAGAACGCGGCCUCGACGCAGCCGUUGACAGUUUUCUGCGUGCUGCCGGCAUUUUCCGACACAUCUACGACACGUUCACCAAUGCACCAUCCAUGGACUUAAAGCCGCAGGUGCUCGAUGUUCUUGUCUCACUCAUGCUAUCCCAGGCACGCGAAUGCCUGUUCGAGAAGCUACAGCUGCAGAUUGAGGCCUUGGGCCUAACUGAGUCCAGUCAUCUAUUUCGCGAUUUGGCUGGUGAGGCGGCACAGCUGUCGCUGGAGUACAAUGAAAUGCAUAAGAAUAUCCAAGUGAAUGACACCCACACCUAUCUGCCCGAGUGCUGGGCGGGUCUGGUGCCGCUCAAGGCCGAAUUGUACAAAGCUCUGGCACAUCAUUACGAGGCGCGGAGCAUUGAUACCACUGUGGGCGAUGGCGACAAUGUCUCGUUGGGCACCAAAAAGAGUCAAGCGGCAUCGUCGAACGAAUCAUUCAUUGGAAAUGCGCGGGAGGCACUGCGUGCCACCGAGGCCAACAGCGAAUGCGAGGAGGAGACCGUCAGCGUUGCCGCCAUCAAGCGCACCCACUUGAAAGAAGCUCUGGCUAGUCACGAGGAGGCGCAGCGCUUGCAGCGCAUGUGUCGCUACCUGAAGAACAAAACAUCACUGACGCAGGUCAUCAAGGAGGCAUACUACAAGACCCAGGACGAGUAUGAACGCUUCUGCCUUCAGGCUCCGGCUAAGAACAUAGAGGAGUGCUACGAUCUAACUGAGCGAGUUGUGGAAGCAUCGUCGAAGUUCACGCUGACAUUGACGGGUCCGGACUUUACUUCGUACAAAGUGGAAGAUCCAUUUAAGCGACUGGGUCCCAUUGCAAUAUUCUCCGCACGUCGCCACUGGACAGCACCGCGCUGUGUUCGUCUCCAGAAGGGCUCGGCCAUAUACCAUGAUGCAAGCAGCUACCAUUGCCACUGCCCCCGGGGCGAUGAGAGUCACGAGGCCGGCUGCAGUCUGUACAAGGAGGAGCUAGAGAAUUUUGGAUUUCAUGUGCGUGGCGAUGCGCCAGUUAUAAUAGCGCAUGUCGAAAUCAAUUCACUGGCCGACUUGGGCGGCAUAAAGGAGGGCGACUUUAUUGUGGAAAUAGCGGGCAUGGAUGUCAAAUGGUAUUCGCACCAGCAGGUGGUACGACUCAUACAAUCAUGUGGAGCUGCGCUGGAGCUUAAGGUCAUUACGCCCAUGGAUCGCAACUAUCUAAAGCCACUCUCGUCAAAAGGCUCCAUAUCAACGUUAUCGGCUGCCAGCUCAUCGGGCGUUUCGUCCGGCUCCUCCAGCCCCACCAGCACCACCACAAAGCCUAAGCUGCGGCUCAAGAACUCCGCCAAGACGCGCUUUGUUGGCAGCGUAUCGUCCAGUUCGUGGAAUCCCUUUCGACGCACGCCGAGUCUAGCGAAGAUAUUUUGAGUGCUGUCUUACAAUUAGCACUAGGGAUUUCUAAGUUUAAGUUAUGCUUUAAUUUCCGCAGCAGUGGCCAUUAUUUUGCUUGAAUGCAAACUGGAUUUUUUUCACACACACA